CCUGCUACAGGACUGAUUAAAGAUGGUGGCUAUGCUAUUCAUGAAAUUAAAGGAACAAAAAGAAAGCUUUCUUGUCUAAAUGUCUGUGGUGGAAUUGGGGACAAACGCUGUGGUGAUGAGUCCGCCUGCAGCUCCCUCUUGUGGGGCACCGGCCACCGAAUUUCCUGCAGCGAAAAUGGGCAAAGCAGAGCGGACAGCGGCCCCAAGCGAAGCAGAUCCAGCAGCGACCCCAGACGAAGCAGAGCCGGCAGCGACCCCAGGCGAGGCAGAGCCGGCAGCGACCCCAGGCGAUGCGGAGCAGUAGCUAACUCCAGGUGAUGUGGAGCAGCAGACAAGCCAAGGCUAUGCGGAUGUGGCAUCCCUGAGCGGUGCAAGGCAGCCAUCCCUGGGCGGUGCAAGGCAGGCAUCCUUGGACGCUCUAAGGCAGGCAUCCUUGGACGCUGCGGGCGAGGCAGAGCUAGCAACCCAGGUGACAGUGACAGCGGACCCACAAGAGGUGACGGCGGCAGUGCACCCUCGGGAUUCGACCCCAGGAGGGGAGCCCCUGGCCAUGAAGACGGCAGCAGGAGCUCCCCUGGUAAAGGAAUCGGGACUAGCUGGGGUGCUGGGGUUGACCCUCUUCAUGGCUACUGCG